AUGUUCACAGACAACGAAUAUCUCAUGGGCUACUCCCUCCGCCGAAACGACACAUGCGCGGACGGUGAGAUAGAUUGCGGUCCGACCUGGAACACAUCUUCUGUCUCAUUUCGAAGAUGUUGUCCAGGAAAUACCGAAUGCCCUGCUGAACAACCAGCUCCAGGGGUAUGCUGCCCAACCAAAGAGGAUUGCAGCGCUUCUUUAUAUGAAAAAGAGCGCUGUGCAGACCCUACAGCGGAUCUCUACUUUACCGAUCAGACUAAGGGUUCUUUCUGCUGCGCAAAUGAUACCCAGGGGUUUUAUACCAGCGCCAACAAGUAUGCUGGCUGUGUAAAAGCGGAAGACGUGAAUGAUCUCGGUGUGAAAGUGACAGCAAUGAGAAAAGCUGUCCCAUAUACUCUACCUACCUCUACAAGCUCAGAUACUGCUACGGCUACAACACUCUCCUCGUCGACGUCAGGGGGAAUUACCGCAACCUCCACCUCCUCUAACAACGGCAAUACUAGUACUUCUCAAUCUAACACUGGGGCAAUUGCCGGUGGUGUAGUUGGUGGGAUAGCUGGCGUCAUCAUCUUGAUUGGGUUGGCCUGGUGUUUAUUCCGUCACCGAAAGAAGCAGAAGCACCCUCAAGACAGCCAAUAUAUUCCACGUUCCCAACCCCCUCUCUCGGAGAUGAGUGAGAGUAAUCGGAUCACAGAACUGAGCGGCCAAAGCGUUUCAGAGCUACCAGCAUCAUCGGAUCGGAAGUUCCCGCCUGCUGAAUUAGCAACAUGA